CCUUUGUUUGUGGUUGUCUUCUUUGUCAGUAAGUUUAUCACGGUUUAAGAUCAUUAAAGUUACCCCCUACCCCCCACCACCACCAGGCUGUUUUCCUGCAUUUUUGGAAACAUUCUGAUUCUUUUGUUGCUUCAUCCAUCCACUGACUAUGUCCUGCAGACUCUUCAUAGGGGGAUUCCAGUUCAUUUCCACCUGAGGCUGGAGCAUCAUCUGUGUUCCUCUUUCACAAACGGAUAACAGAAAAACAAAAGCAUAAGGAUGAAGUUCUGGAUCAUUGCAGGAGUGAUGCUGUCUGUUUUCACUCCAGACAAGGCAAAAGGAUCAACUUCUCAGUGUGAUAAGCAAUCAUUUGUGAAUAAGUGUAUAACUCGGAACACUACUAUUAAAAUUUGGAAGCGGAACGUUCAAGUAACACUACCUCAACCCAUCACUGCACCAAAAAAGAGAAAACUCACGGACAAAGGCUGCAGCGACACGUGGUCUCUUUGUUGUAAUGUCAGCAUUGCAAACACAUCGGAAAACAUUUCUAACCCAGAGCCAACGCACAACCCUGCGAAGGACCUAUGCGAUUUGGUCAAUGGUACUGAAUUCCAAAUUCUACCUGGUUUGUUUGAUUGUCUUCCUUUUUACAAUGAAAUGCUGGGGAAAAACGCCACAAAUUCAUGUGCAAUUUGUGAGUCUGUGAACGAAAAUUGGAGUCUUCAAGAGAUCGCACGUUUGGUGGAAUGUGUCAUCCAACGUUGGUACACUGGAAAAUCUAAUUUUUUAAAAGACCUUGAUGACAUUGAGAGCCUUCUGCAGCAGAUAGAGGUGGAGACGACGGAGGUAAUUUAUGAAAGCAGUUACAUGGCGAUGCUGUACAAACACACCGGUAACUUCAGCGGGAUGGAGUUUCAUGCAAAUGAAAGUCAGAUAUCAAUAGAUGGCCAUCACAACCAUUCCAAAAUGAGCUUUUGGCUGCCCAAAGAACUGGCUCUCACUAGUAGUGACACAUUCGUCUUUCUGACUCUUCAGGUUCCAAACAAGACAUUUGACAACGACUCAGCGGUACUGUAUGAGAGGAGACUUUUUGGGCUGUCCGUGAGCAAACGGAGAGUUUCAGGACUGCGAGAAUCAGUCAACAUCACCCUCACCCUUAACUAUUCUGCAGGACAAAAUAAAACCCCCGUGUGUGUGUUCCUGGAUAAUCAAAAUCUGAGCACUACAGGAUGCAAGACCGAAUUGGAUCGCAGUCAGACUUCCGUCACGUGUCGUUGUGACCAUUUCACAUACUUUGGUGUGCUUUUGGUAUCUUCCUCCAUAUCCCCUAAAGACCAGGAGAUACUGUCCUACAUCACUACCAUUGGCUGCAGCAUUUCUCUUUUUUGCCUUGUUGCUACUGCUUUCCUUUUGUUCACAACGGGGGAUAUCCGAACCGAAGACUCUAAAAAGAUCCACGCCAGUCUUGUGAUCGCAUUGAUCCUCCUAAACCUCCAUCUACUUCCCAGUGAGAUGGCUGCAGCGUGGUCCUCCACAGGCCUUUGUCUUUACAUGGCUCCUGCUCUCCACUACUUUCUGUUGGCCACCCUCUGCUGGAUGGGCUUGGAGGGGUUCCACCUCUACCUUCACAUCGUCAAAGUCUUCAACAUCUACAUCAAUAGAUACAUGUUGAAAAUCAGCGUGGUGGGAUGGGGUGUUCCAGCUCUCAUUGUUUCAGCGUGUCUCAUUCUAGCAAAACAGUUCAAUGUCUAUGGACACACAAAUAAGCCCCAUAGUAUUUGCUACAUAACCAAUGACACGGUGAAGUACACGACCUCACUGGGAGUCUUCAGCCUGGUGUUCCUCUUUAAUACAUUCACAUUUAUUGAAACUGCAAGAUUCAUGUUUACUGCGAGAACAACAAACCUUAAGAGAGGAAACCCGAGUGAAGUCAAGAAAAACUCGUGCACCGUUAUGGUUCUCAUGACUCUGCUUGGCCUAACCUGGGGGUUCAUUUCCAUCUCAUUUGGCAAACUUUCCACCCCUGGACUCUAUAUAUUCAGCACUUUGAAUUCUCUGCAAGGUUUCUUUAUCUUCAUCUUCAUUGGGCUGUCUCUGAGAAAGUCCAAAGGCUCAAAAGCCUUGUCAAGCUCAACGGUCAACUCGACAAACGUCAGCUAGUCAUCAGUUGGCCAUGUGGUUAUAUUCAGUAUUUAUUUUUCACCCUCAUGCAUGUAAAUAUUUUACAUUUUGUAUUUAAAGUUUAUGUUUAGGCAACAUAUUUCCCUUUUGAUGUAAGUCAAAGUUCUUUUCUGCAACGUUGUGUGAUCAUUUAAAGAUUACAGUUACAGUACGGUUGAGGAAUCCCUUUAUUCGAGUAUUGGACAUAUUUAAACCCUCUUUUGAAGUCUGGCAAAUGUCAAACUAAAGCCAUGAAUAAAUGAAGCCUUAAUGCAGCAUAAACGUAAACAGUUGACAGCCAAGAAGCAGAAUCAAGCAAACGGAAAAAGAGGAAUUCUGUUUGAAAGAAAAAAAAAAGGAAAAAUAUCUUAUUUACCGGUACUACCUUGGUGUUUGUAUGUGUGGAACUUACCACUUCAUAUUUAUGAAGGGGGUAAAGGGGGAAUAAUACUUCUUGCAAAAUAAAAAUGUUCCUAUGGAAAUAGAGGACAUGAAUAAAUAAAUUUAAGUUUAAAACUGA